UUCUGGUGGGAAGGGAUUCUUUGUUGCACUCUGCGUACGCAUUUAUUAUUCAACCGGUUUACAACAGGAGUUGCUUACAUCCUUAUAUUGAAAUUGCCAUAUUAAAGUUGUUUUAACUUUCAUAAUGUCGGAUGCCUUGCUUCAAUGGUGUGUGGACCAGUUGCACCACCACUUUGGCUUGGAGGCCAGUGAAGACAUAGUCCAGUAUAUUCUGUCCAUCAACAAUGCGGACGAGAUAGCGGAGUAUGUUGGGGACCUCCUUCAGGGCACUGAUGGAAGGAAGAAGCAGUUUAUAGAUGAACUCCUGGACAGAUGGCAGAGGUCUCAGACACUGACUCCUGACAGCACUGACCUGUUCCCCAUAAACUCUCUGUCAGGAACAGAUGCUCAAGACAUGUCCAAGGACUCCCAGAAGAAAUCCAAGCGCAAAGGCAGGAACAAGCAAGAGGUGAUGGCUGUUAACCAAGCAGAGCCUGAGCCUGAGGUGGUGAAAACUCCCAUUGACCUAAUGAAGGCCCAGGAGAGCGGCAGCUCCUCGUCACAGAAGAAGAAGAAGAACACAUUUGUGAGCCUCUACAAUAAAGAGGGCCAGGACAAGCUGGCUAUCCUGCUGCCCGGGCGCCAUUCCUGCGAAUGUCUGGCCCAGAAGCACAACCUCAUCAACAACUGCAUGAGCUGCGGACGCAUUGUGUGUGAGCAGGAGGGAUCAGGGCCCUGCAUUUUCUGCGGCAGCCUGGUAUGCACCAAAGAGGAGCAAGAGAUUCUGCAACGAGACUCCAACAAAAGUCAGAAACUGCGCAAGAAACUUAUGGGUAGCCUUCCACAAGCUUCCCACAAAAAGUUGGGUGAAUUUUGGCCCAUUCCUCGUGACAGAGCUGGUGUAACUGAGUCAGAGGGGGCAUCGGAGAGGGGCUAUCUUCCACACCAAGAGGCAAAGAUGAAGACAGGGUUAGAAAAGGCCCUUCAACAUAAAGACAAACUGCUGGAAUACGAUAAGAACAGUACGCGACGAACGCAGGUCCUGGAUGACGAGUCAGACUACUUUGCCACCGACUCCAACCAGUGGCUGUCGCCUAGCGAGCGCGAGCACCUGAGGAAGAAGGAGGAGGAGCUACGGGAGCUUCGCCACGCCUCCAGGAAGGACAGGAAGAUCACGCUGGACUUCACAGGCCGACAGGUGCUUGACGAGGGAGAGGAUAACAGUCAUUACUACAACAAGUUUGACGAGACGGUCAAGGCCCUCAACACAGGCACCAAGGGGAAAGCUCCCCAACGCCCUGAGGGACCAGCGGGGCGGCAGCACCUGAGAGAGCUGGUCAACCCCAACAUCGUACAGGCUGCACCCAAGUGGGUGGACGUGGGCAGUGGCCCUCGGAGAUCUCAGGAUAAAGGUGUUGUUGGUACAGAGGGAGACGGCGCUGUCGGCCCAGAACGCUCCAGACUCCGGCUGCAGGACAGAGAGCUGCAGGAGAUGGCAGACGGGGGCUGGUGCCUCAGCAUGCACCAACCAUGGGCCUCGCUACUGGUCAAAGGAAUAAAGAGGGUGGAGGGGAGGAGCUGGUACACAUCCCACCGCGGGCUCCUGUGGAUAGCAGCUGCAGCCAAGAGGCCCACCCCUGAGGAGGUCACUCAGGUGGAGAACCUGUUCCUUCAGAUCUACAAGAGAGAUCUUAAGUUUCCUAAAGACUACCCCACCGGCUGCCUGCUGGGCUGUGUCAACAUGACCGACUGUCUGUCUCAGGAGCAAUACAAGGAGCAGAGGGCGAACUGCACCACUUCAGCAUCAACCCACAGCCAGCCAUUUUACACUGACUGGAGGCUACAGCACAAUCACCAUAAAGCACUGCUGAACCACAACACAAUUCAACCCACAUUACUCCCCUUCUCUAUCGUCUAAAACACAAACGUGAUCAACCAAACCCACAUGGUAUUAAGUUAACCCACGUUCCCAUUACGUCUAGAGCAGUUAGAUGAGAUGGAGAGAAACGCUGUAUUUCAGGGAGGCAGAUUGACUCGCAUCACCCUUUGAUGUAUAAUGAAUCAAUCGGGUGCGCUGGUGCUCUCGGUGGUCUUUAAUCUUUUGCCUUUCAUGCUGUUUAAAUGUGGAGAUGCCUCAAUGCCUGGAUGGCCCAGUAAGGCCGUACCACUCCACCCCAAACCACUAUGACUGAGGCUGCCAGCAGCUCUUUGAACAUUGUACUCUUUCUAACAUGGAUUGAUUGAAAGCUAUGUCUGUUUUGUUUUAACCAUGAGGAAUGAGGAUCUUUGUUGUUUUGGUUAGGUUUAUUUAGAAUGGUUUGGUGGUGGGGGGGUUUCCAUCGGCUCCCUGUUCCUAUGGAGGUUUACCACAGAGGUUUUCAACUGAUUCUUUUCUAUUAUGUCAGCGAAAUCACUGUCUUAAAAAAAAAGGAGGCAUGUUUUUUGUGUUCCGUGUGUGUCUGGGUGAUUCCCUGAACAGUAAAAGACCCUGAGUUUUCACAAAAUGUAAUCCAUAGAAGGGUCCUUUUGAGGAAUAUGAAUAUCUGUAAAAUGAGUAUGAACAUUUAAAAAUAUAAACAUGAAUAUUGAAAAUAUAUAUAUUUUUAGAUUAGGUCAUUUGUGUGUGUGUAUGAAAAUACAGUGGGGCAAAAAAGUAUUUAGUCAGCCACCAAUUGUGCAAGUUCUCCCACUUAAGAUGAGAGGCCUGUAAUUUUCAUCAUAGGUACACUUCAACUACGACAGACAAAAUGAGAAGAAAAAAAAUCCAGAAAAUCACAUUGUAGGAUUUUUAAUGAAUUUAUUUGCAAAUUAUGGUGGAAAAUAAGUAUUAAUAAUAACAAAAGUUUAUCUCAAUACUUUGUCAUUGCCAACAAAUGGUAUAUAACAGAGGUCAAACGUUUUCUGUAAGUCUUCACAAGGUUUUCACACACUGUUGCUGGUAUUUUGGCCCAUUCCUCCAUGCAGAUCUCCUGGGCAACACGGACUUUCAACUCCCUCCAAAGAUUUUCUAUGGGUUUGAGAUCUGGAGACUGGCUUGGCCACUCCAGGACCUUGAAAUGCUUCUUACGAAGCCACUCCUUCGUUGCCCGGGCGGUGUGUUUGGGAUCAUUGUCAUGCUGAAAGACCCAGCCACAUUUCAUCUUCAAUGCCCUUGCUGAUGGAAGGAGGUUUUCACUCAAAAUCUCACGAUACAUGGCCCCAUUCAUUCUUUCCUUUACACGGAUCAGUCGUCCUGGUCCCUUUGCAGAAAAACAGCCCCAAAGCAUGAUGUUCCACCCCCAUGCUUCACAGUAGGUAAGGUGUUCUUUGGAUGCAACUGGUGUAUGGUGUUCUUUGAAUGCAUCUUUGUCCUCCAAACACGACGAGUUGAGUUUUUACCAAAAAGUUAUAUUUUGGUUUCAUCUGACCAUAUGACAUUCUUCCAAUCUCCUUCUGGAUCAUUCAAAUGCUCUCUAGCAUACUUCAGACGGGCCUGGACAUGUACUGGCUUAAGCAGGGGGACACGUCUGGCACUGCAGGAUUUGAGUCCCUGGCGGCGUAGUGUGUUACUGAUGGUAGGCUUUGUUACUUUGGUCCCAGCCCUCUUUGGGUCAUUCACUAGGUCCCCCCCAUGUGGUUCUGGGAUUUUUGCUCACCGUUCUUGUGAUCAUUUUGACCCCACGGGGUGAGAUCUUGUGUGGAGCCCCAGAUCGAGGGAGAUUAUCAGUGGUCUUGUAUGUCUUCCAUUUCCUAAUAAUUGCACCCACAGUUGAUUUCUUCAAACCAAGCUGCUUACCUAUUGCAGAUUCAGUCUUCCCAGCCUGGUGCUGGUCUACAAUUUUAUUUCUGGUUUUCUUUUGACAGCUCUUUGGUCUUGGCCAUAGUGGAGUUUGGAGUGUGACUGUUUGAGGUUGUGGACAGGUAGGUGUCUUUUAUACUGAUAACAAGUUCAAACAGGUGCCAUUAAUACAGGUAACGAGUGGAGGACAGAGGAGCCUCUUAAAGAAGAAGUUACAGGUCUGUAAGAGCAGAAAUAUUGCUUGUUUAUAUUGCUUGUUUGACCAAGUACUUAUUUUCCAUAAUUUGCAAGUAAAUUCAUUCAAAAUCCUACAAUGUUAUUUUCUUGAUUAAAAAAAAAAUUAAAAAAUUCUCAUUUUGUCUGUCAUAGUUGAAGUGUACCUAUGAUGAAAAUGACAGGCCUCAUCUUUUUAAGUGGGAGAACUGACUAAAUAUUUUUUUUCCCCACUGUAUAGAUAUCACAUACAUACAUGUUUACAUACACCUUAGCCAAAUACAUUUCAACUCAGUUUCACUAUUCCUGAGAUUUAAUCCUAGUAGAAAUUCCACCUUAGGUCAGUUAAAAUAAAGUGUUGAUCCUAAGAAUGUGAAAUGUCAGAAUAGUCGUAGAGAUAAUUAUUUAUUUUAGCUUUUAUUUAUUUCAUCACAUUCCCAGUGGGUCAGAAGUUUACAUAACCUCAAUUCAUUGCCUUUAAAUUGUUUAACUUGGGUCAAACGUUUCAGGUAGCCUUCCACAAACUUCCCACAAUAAGUUGGGAGAAUUUUAGCCCCUUCCUCCUGACAGAGCUGGUGUAACUGAGUCAGGAUUGUAGGCCUCCUUGCUCGCACACGCUUUUUCAGUUCUGCGCACACAUUUUCUAUGAGAUUGAGGUCAGGGCUUUGUGCUGGACACUCCAAUACCUUGACUUUGUUGUCCUUAAGCCAUUUUGCCACAACUUUGGAAGUAUGCUUGGGGUCAUUGUCCAUUUGGAAGACCCAUUUGCGACCAAGCUUUAAUUUCCUGAUGAUGUCUUGAGAUGUUGCUUCAAUAUAUCCACAUAAUUUUCUUCCUCAUGAUGCCAUCUAUUUUGUGAAGUGCACCAGUCCCUCCUGCAGCAAAGCACCCCCACAACAUGAUGCUGCCAUCCCUCCCCAUGCUCCACGGUUGGGAUGGUGUUCUUUGGCUUGCAAGCCUCCCACCUUUUCCUCCAAACAUAACAAUGGUCAAUAUGGCCAAACAGUUCUAUUUUUGUUUCAUCAGACCAGAGGACAUUUCUCCAAAAAGUAAAAUCUUUGUCCUCGUGUGCAGUUGCAAACCGUAGUCUGGCUUUUUUAUUGUGGUUUUGGAGCAGUGGCUUCCUCCUUGCUGAGCGGCCUUUCUGGUUAUGUCGAUAUAGGACUCGAUUUACUCUGGACAUAGAUACUUUUGUACCUGUUUCCUCCAGCAUCUUCACAAGGUCCUUUGCUGUUGUUCUGGGAUUGAUUUGCACUUUUCACAUGAAAGAACUCAUCUCCUUCCUGAGUGGUAUGACGGCUGCGUGGUCCUAUGGUGUUUAUACUUGCGUGCUAUUGUUUGUACAGAUGAACGGUGUACCUUCAGGCGUUUGGAAAUUGCUGAUUUCUUUUGAUUUUCCCCUGAUGUCAAGCAAAGAGGCACUGAGUUUGAAGGUAGGCCUUGAAAUACAUUCAUAGGUACACCUCCAAUUGUCUCAAAUUAUGUCAAAUAGCCUAUCAGAAGGUUCUAAAGCCAUGACACAAUUUUCUGGAAGUUUCCAAGCUGUUUAAAGGCACAGUCAACUUAGUGUAUGCAAACUUCUGACCCACUGGAAUUGUGAUACAGUGAAUUAAUCUGUCUGUAAACAACUGUUGGUGUCCUGCACAAAGUAGAUGUCCUAACCGAGUUGCCAAACCUGUAGUUUGUUAACAAGAAAUUUGUGGUGUGGUUGAAAAACAAGUUCCUGACUCCAGCCUAAGUGUAUGUAAACUUCCGA